AUGCCUUCUCCCCGCCGGACGGAUGCUGGUCUGCACCGCACAAAGAAGAGCGGAUGGCUUUCGACGGAGAACGACGAGGGGAGCGCCUCCCCAACCGCCGCCACCGCAGAGUUUGAGUUCGCCGCCCGCGAGAAAAACAGCAUGCCCGUCACCCGUGGGGGAAACCGCCGACACCUGGAUUUGUCCCUCAGUGUGAACCAUCUCCAAGAAAUAGGGAACGACCAUCAGAUUAAGAAAUGCAAAUAUGCUUGA